AUGGCCAUCAGUAUAUGUUCUGAUGGCAACCUCAAGUCGCGUUUGGACUUAAUUGAUCCGUUGAGUAGAAUCUUCAUUUGCAACAUUCCGACAAAAUUUAGCAAGGCCAAGCUGAAGAAGAGCUGUGACAAGUACGGCGGCAUUGAGGUGUACGUUUUCCAGGACGCCGACUUCGACAUGGGCUGGGCUCUCGUCGGCUUCUCUUCCCGUCGCUCUGUCAAGAGGCUGAUUAGACAGAUAAACAGGAGCAGGAUCGUCAGCGAAUAG